GGCAAAAAAAAAACAAUUACGGAGGUUCUUCUGCUUUAUCCGUUCCAUUUCCGUUUUUUUCGCGGUGAUAGCACGGUCGGUCCGGGAUGCCCCCAAGAAGAACACACACAAAGUCACGAGCGGGAUGCACCAAAUGCAAGAAACGGAGGAUAAAGGUGUGCUUAAAAUCCCAAUGUCCCUUCCAUUCUUUACUGCUACCUGCCCUGCCUGCCGCUACCAGGUGGCGGGGGGCAGGGUUUCCGGACUUGAGCCUAAAGUGUUUCCCGGGUUUGGGGUUCGGACUGAGGUUAACAUUUAGUUUGGCGAUUCCGUUUUGGUCUUUAUUUAGUGCGAUGAGGUGCACCCUUCUUGCGGGAACUGUGUAAAGCAUGCGAUUGUGUGCGAUUUUUCAAGUGCCGCCGGCAUGUCACCCGCUGGCGUCAUUUCGACUGCCCCUUCCUCCUCAUCCGAGUUGCCAGUUUCGAGUCCUAUGACGCUGGAUGCUAGUCCUUCGCCCGGGAAUGGACAGCACCAAGCCAUGACACCGCAUCAGCAAGGAUUCUUCCCGCAGAGCACCGUUACCACGGUUUCACCCGUCAUCAACAUGACCGAUAUGGAGCUUCUACACCACUGGACCAUAUCAGUUCCAUCUUCAUUAACUGGAAAGGACGACAUCGAGUUCAUCUGGAGGGAGGUCAUCCCCCGCUUGGCCUUCCGGGAAUCACAGGGCUGCUUGGUCCACGCGAUACUCGCUAUUUCGGCAUUGCAUCUCGCAUUCGUCGAGCCCGACAAGCGGGCUCAGAUGAUGUGCACUGCCGCGGACCACUACGGUGAAGCGGUGCGGGGGGUGAAGGACAGCGUUGGUGUUCCAACCGCCAUCAAAAAGGACAAUUGCGAAGGCCUCUUUGCCUCCUCAACGUUGAUAGUAGUGUAUGCGAUUGCGAACCCAAUGCUGACCGAGAAGGUCAGCCCGCCGACGGAAAUCCCCCCGUGGACAAUGCCGGCCUGGCUACCUCUCAUCCGUGGCGUGCACUCGAUACUGAAGGCGGUAUGGACGUGGAUAGAGACGGGAUGCUUGUCCCCGCUGCUCAACGGACACAACUACGUCGGCGAUUCGGCCGGCGAGGACGACGCCAUGAACGCGCUGUUCCAGAUAUGCACCGACAAGCGGGAACAGGACGCGGACGAGAUCAAGGACUCGGCCGUCUCCCAGGCUUACUUUGGCGCGAUCCACGAGCUGCAGAAGAACUUUGCCAAUGAGAUUGCCCUGCGUAGGAAGAUGGUGUCCCUGAUAUUCAUAUGGCCGGUAUCUGUUUCCGAUGCCUUCUUCACUCUGCUUCAAGAACGCAGGCCGCGAGCAUUGGUUAUAUUUGCGCAUUACUGCGUGCUGCUGAACAAGUUGGAGGGCUUCUGGUGGGUCGAGGGACGGGCGAAUUAUGAGCUGGAAAGGAUUGAGAGGACCCUGCCCGAGCCGUGGAGGAAAUGGUUGGAGUGGCCAAUAAAGAUGAUACGGGGCGGUUGAUUUCUCAGUUGAUCUCUUUCUUUCUUUCUUUUUUUUUCCCUGCGUGAUUGAAGCGGCAUCUAUUUUCUUUUGCUAAGUGGCAUGUUAUUCCUCUCCCCCCUUCCCCCCUACCCAUUCUCUCGCUUUUUCUGCUUUAUCUUUUUUUCCCACCGGUCGUAGAACGGUAUCUAGGAGGUCUAUGUUAAUACAAUGUAAACCGUGGUGUCAUACCCAAAUGGUAUGGGAUACGGAAUGCCAACAAAAAACCUAACCCAAACCCGUGUAACGAAUUUUCUCGAGCGUGUGUAGACUACUCGAGUACCCGUACCUGAAAAUCACUUGCAGCAAGCAAGCCACUGGUCUGAAACCGUAGCCACCCUCCCAGGUUGAAGUUGUGGGAAAUGUGAUAUCACCGUUUUUGCGAAAUAUGGAGACCAGGAUAAAAAUUCCCCAACCGCCCGUCCCCAUUGGCCAGACCUCACAAAUUCUGGGGCCAUCAUUGGCUACUUGUACUUGUGGACAUGCUUCGGGAAAUUCACACCAGAUCGCUUUUCCUUUUCCUUUUCUCUCUUCACCCCACCCGGCAAUUACCAUCCGCCGAUCUACCAGGCACCCGCGUGAUCAAACGAAUGGAAGAAAUGCAACUACGAGUACAGGUAGUUAACUAGUAUCGGUAGAACCUUGCGAUUUCCGGGACAGUCAUCAUUUUUUUCUUCUUCUCUCUUUCCUUUUUUUUCCCGCCCUCGUAAAUGCCAUCAUAGAAAAGUAUCGUACGAGGACUGCAUGAGAUUCUGCAGGUAUCAUUCGUCCGGAAAUAGCUUGUUCUGAUAUUUUGCUUUUUCAUCCUCCAACUGUUCCGUGCUAGUACGAGUACUUGGAGGAAGGAUAUUGUAGUGUGGUAGCGUGCAGGGUAGCCAUUGGCGUCCAAUCUCUCUACCCCAGGACCGCUAUGCAAGGUAUGCCGCGAUAAGAUGUUUGUAGAUUAUGAUACCGUGUCGUGCGAAUUGUGCUUUGGGUGGGAUCUGAGAAAAGUUGCUGCUGGUAUGCCGUUGUUGUCGUUGUAGCUCUUGGCCUUACGCCUGUUCUCGCUCUCCUGCCUGCCUACCGUAUGAUACCUGCGUUUUUUGCUUCCUGCCAACUAGUGGGGGUAGGUAUCGUAUAGUGCCGGGCACUUGAAAUCGGCUAAAAACUAGCGCGAGGAUAAUUUUCGAAAAUACUCAACUACAAGCUUCGGAUUGCACAUGUUUGGUCACUUUCGAGGUAAUUGUAGCCAAGCCUCACUGCCUCACUGUUUUG